UUAGGUAAGGAGAAAACUCACAUCAAUGUGGUCGUCAUCGGACAUGUCGACAGUGGAAAAUCAACCACAACAGGUCAUCUGAUCUACAAAUGUGGUGGUAUUGACAAGCGAACCAUCGAGAAAUUUGAGAAGGAAGCAGCAGAACUCGGAAAAGGAUCUUUCAAAUACGCCUGGGUCCUCGACAAGCUAAAGGCCGAACGUGAACGUGGUAUUACUAUUGACAUUGCUCUAUGGAAGUUUGAGACUCCUAGAUACUACGUCACCGUCAUUGACGCUCCUGGACACAGAGAUUUUAUCAAGAACAUGAUUACUGGAACCUCUCAAGCUGACUGUGCCAUUCUCAUCAUCGCGGCCGGUACCGGUGAGUUUGAGGCAGGUAUUUCAAAGGAUGGUCAAACCAGAGAACAUGCAUUGCUUGCGUUCACAUUAGGUGUCAAACAAUUGAUUGUUGCCAUUAACAAGAUGGACACGGCCAAAUGGGCUGAAGCGAGAUACCUUGAAAUCAUCAAGGAGACGACCAACUUUAUAAAGAAAGUCGGAUUUAACCCCAAGGUUGUUCCAUUUGUGCCAAUUUCUGGCUUCAACGGAGACAAUAUGAUUGAUAAUUCCGCAAACUGCCCCUGGUACAAAGGCUGGGAAAAAGAAAACAAGACUGGAAAGGUUACCGGAAAAACUCUCCUCGAAGCCAUAGACAACAUUGACCCACCGAGUCGCCCUACCGAUAAACCCCUCCGCCUACCACUACAAGAUGUUUACAAAAUUGGUGGCAUUGGCACGGUUCCUGUUGGACGUGUCGAGACCGGAAUCAUCAAGGCCGGAAUGGUUGUUACUUUUGCCCCAGCUGGUGUAACUACAGAAGUAAAAUCUGUAGAAAUGCAUCACGAACAACUAGUCCAGGGUAUGCCAGGAGACAACGUCGGAUUCAACGUCAAGAACGUCUCGGUCAAGGAAAUUCGCCGCGGUAACGUCGCUGGAGACUCUAAGAACGACCCUCCAAAGGGUGCGGGAAGCUUUAAUGCUCAAGUCAUUGUUCUCAACCACCCUGGUCAGAUUGGAUCUGGAUACGCCCCAGUCCUCGACUGUCACACUGCACACAUCGCAUGUCAAUUCUCCGAGAUCUUGGAGAAGAUUGACCGAAGAACAGGAAAGUCUGUCGAAAGUGCUCCUAAAUUCAUCAAGUCUGGUGAUUCUGCAAUCGUAAAGAUGACUCCAUCGAAGCCCAUGUGUGUUGAGGCGUACACCGACUACCCUCCCCUUGGACGAUUUGCUGUUCGAGACAUGAGACAAACUGUUGCUGUAGGUGUCAUCAAGAGCGUGGAGAAGGUUGACAAAGCAACCAAGGUAACCAAGGCCGCCGUAAAAGCUGGUGGUAAGCAACUCAAGUGA